CAACUUUAAACAUCAGCUCUCCUCCCCCCCUCGACCGGAGAUUGGAGAUUACCUCAUUACAGCAGCAACAACCGCUGGGCUUGCUCGAACUCAGACUCCGCCCACCUGCGUCUUCCCACUCUCACACCACCAACCCGACACACAAUCGCGAUCAGGACGUCUCUCUCUCUCACCCUCACUACUGCCGCGACCCGUCUCCCGCGCCCCGACGACCACCUUUCCCUCUCCCGACUCCGAAUCCCCACGUCCCUGGUGCGCGUUGCCAGUACCAGUACCAGUACCUCGACUCGACGACCAGACUUCGCACCUCAACGACGUCCACAUACACAUUCAUUCGCACGACGCGCACAACAAUCUUUUUACGAAGUUCGACCAUCAUGCCGGCGCUUUGUGGUGGUAGCAAGACGGUGCAGCGGAAAUUGGUGUUGCUUGGUGACGGAGCCUGCGGCAAGACCUCCCUGCUCAACGUCUUCACGCGCGGAUACUUUCCGACUGUAUACGAACCCACCGUCUUCGAAAACUACGUCCACGACAUCUUCAUCGACAACGUCCACGUCGAACUCUCCCUCUGGGACACGGCGGGCCAAGAAGAAUUCGACCGUCUCCGCUCCCUCUCCUACGAUGACACGCACGCCAUCAUGCUGUGUUUCAGCGUCGACUCGCCCGACAGCUUGGAGAACGUGGAGUCCAAGUGGGUGGGCGAAAUAGCGGAGAAUUGUCCGGAUGUGAGACUCGUGUUGGUCGCGCUGAAGUGUGACUUGAGGGAGGUGGGGAAAGACGAUGACGAGGGUGGAGCGGAAGGAGGGGUGAAGAGGGAGUGUAUUGAUUAUAAGCAGGGGCUGGCGGUUGCGGAGAAGAUUAAGGCGUUGAGGUAUCUUGAAUGCUCAGCGAUGAAGAACCGCGGCGUCAACGAAGCGUUUACAGAAGCCGCGCGCGUGGCACUACAGGUCAAA